AUGCCUCUUCCUCUUGACCCUGAUCACAUCCACCUCCGUCAUCGUCACGGGCGCGGUGGACUGCAGCACCUUGACGUGCACGGAGAUCCGCUUCCCCUCCACGGGGGCGACGCCGACGUUCUGCACCCGCACCGGGUUCGCGUCGCGGAUGAGCUGCAGGUCCGUCAGCCCCACCAUGGGGCUCGCCGUCUUUGCCAGGAUCACAAAGCCGUCCUUGGCCGUCCGCACCUCGUAGUCCACGAAGCACAGGUCCCUGGAAAGCCCCUGCAUCACCGCCAGCACGUUCUCGAUCACUGCGCGGUCGUCCGCCUUGAUGCCCGACAGCAUGCCGUCGAUCGGCAGGAUCGAGCUCGACAUACCGGGGUGUCAAUGCGUGUGGGAGGGAAGUCGGGCUUCAAAUACAUCUCAGGGCACGGCACACAGAAAACAGAG